AGGCCCAAUGUAACAAACUCAGCAGAUCAGAAGGGGAAAAAGAUAAACCCUAAUUCCUCAGAUUACAAUUUGAGAACCACCGAUUCGAGAGUAGCAAUGGGGAUUCUAUCAUGGUUCACGGGAAGUCCUAAGCCAUCACAGUCCGAGACGUCUAAGCCGGAGAUGAUUCAGAUGCCGAAAUCAGAAACUCCAGCCCCGGGGAUGAAUGGAGCCAUAGAAGUUCCUCGGCCCGAUCGCGCGACGGUUUUCGAGUUCGGCUCCGUUGCUGCUACUGGAGACAGAGUCACUCUCGCUGGUUACUGUCCCGUUUCCGAUGAUCUCGAACCUUGCCGUUGGGAGAUUCUUCCCGCCGACGGCAAAGACGCUCCACAGUUUCGCGUCGUCUUCUGAGGAAUCAGUCAAUAAUCUGUAGAAGAUGUAAACUUGUUCAAUCUCGUCGUUGAUAAUUGUAUUUGGUCUGGUAAUGUCAUCUCUUUCAUUUGAAAUCGAACAAGUUCUCUCAUCUUUAAUUAGUGCAGUGAUGAUUAAUUUUGCUAAAUUGGACUGGUUAUAACAACAAAAAUGUCAACGUUUGAAUUAAUAUAAACCAAUCUCCAGGUUGUAUUUUCAUAUUAAAUUAAGCUUAGUUAUCAAUGGCGUUGGUUAAUUAUAUAAGUUCUAAUUAGUUCAUCUAAUUAUGUAUGGAUCCAAUAAAUAAAGAGAUUAGAAAAUAGUGAUUACC